UUUUCAUCAAACACACACUACUAAACUCUUUGUAAGUUUCUUAUUCUAUGUUUGAGUCAAACAAAUUUAAGAUGCUAAAAAAUAUGGAUGAAGUAGAAAUCACAAAUGCUAAUUUCCCUCAAAAUCCAACAAUGAGUGCUUCUAAUAAUCCUCCUGCUUUGAAGAGAAAAAGAAACCUUCCAGGAAAUCCAGAUCCUGAAGCAGAAGUUAUAGCUUUAUCACCAAAGACACUCAUGGCUACAAACAGAUUCUUGUGUGAAACAUGUGGGAAAGGUUUUCAAAGAGAUCAAAAUCUUCAACUGCAUAGACGUGGACAUAAUCUUCCAUGGAAGCUUAAGCAGAGAACAAACAAAGAAAUAAAGAAGAGAGUUUAUGUGUGUCCAGAGAAAACUUGUGUCCACCAUGAUCCUUCAAGGGCACUUGGUGACUUAACUGGGAUAAAAAAGCACUUUUGUAGAAAGCAUGGUGAAAAGAAGUGGAAGUGUGAGAAGUGCUCAAAACGUUAUGCUGUUCAGUCAGAUUGGAAAGCUCACUCAAAAACAUGUGGUACUAGAGAAUACAAAUGUGACUGUGGAACUAUCUUUUCAAGGAGAGACAGCUUCAUAACUCACAGAGCCUUUUGUGAUGCCUUAGCAGAAGAAACAGCAAGGGUAAGUGCAGCAUCAGAAAUAAACAACAGCUCAUUAUUAAGGGGUAACAUUGGUAAUUACACCAACAUAAUGGGAACAACAUCUCUAGUCCCUAACAAUAACAUGCCAAACCAUUUUCCUUCAAUUUUCAAACCAAUUUCAACUCCUGAUCAUCAUCAUCAUCAUCAUCAUGAAUCAACCAAUCAAACUAGAGGACUAUCCCUUUGGAUGAAUCAAACUUCUCAUUCUCAACCUCAUGAAACAAUGAUAACCACCACCAAUGGAAAUUCUAGUUUGCAUGAGAUUCAACAACAACUUGACUCAUCAUCAAGAGAAAUUAUGUAUGGUGGAAAUGAGAACCCUCCACCAUAUUCUAAUAAUUAUCAGCUAAAUUGGGUUUUUGGAACUAAACUUUCAAACAAUUGCAGCCAAGAAUUAAUUACUAGUACUACAACUUCACUUCCACUAGGAAACAUUAAUGUUAAUGUUAAGGAUGUUUCUCAUGAUGCUACAAGUCAACAAAUUUCUUCCUUGUACAGCUCACAACACCAAAUAUCACAUCAAACAUCUUCAGCAAACAUGUCAGCUACAGCUUUGUUACAAAAAGCUGCUCAAAUUGGAUCAACUUCAACUGAUACAUCAUUCCUUGGAAGUUUAGGUUUGAAAUGCAGUAAUAAUAAUAGUACUAAUGAUGUGAACAAGUUUGGUGGUACUGGUAUGUAUGGUACUUCAAGUUCAUUACUCAUUAGUCUUGGCAAUGAGGAAGAUCAUAAUAAUGCAUGUGAUUUUUCACAAAUGCACCCUUCUAAACGUAGACAUGUGCAAGGUGAAGAGAAUGGAGGAGGAGGGCAAACUAGGGAUUUUCUUGGUGUUGGUGUGCAAACCAUUUGUCACCCUUCAUCAAUCAACGGUUGGAUUUGAUUUUAUCAUCAUGUAUAUAUAUUCACUUAUCAAUUAUGAUCCUUUUUUUUUUAA